GUGGAAGUAGACACACUCGUCGACACUGAUGUCGAAGUACUCGUGCUUGCACUUGACAAGGUCUUGGACACCGAUGUUGUUGGUGUACUUACACUUGUUGACGUUGAUGUAGAUACACUAGUGGAUACUGAUGUUGAAGAACUUGUGGUCGCACUUGAGUAUGUCGAAAAAACUGUCGUAGUUGGUGUGCUAAAACUUGCCGAUGUUGAUGUUGAGGUGCUUGUGCUAAGGGACGUUGAAGCACUAAUUGAUGUUGAAGCAGAGGUUGAAGUUGAUUUCGACUUACUUGCUGACUUUGAGGUAGACAAACUAGUUGAAACAGAUGUUGAAGUACUAGUGCUGGCACUUGACAACGUAGUGGAAACUGAUGUUGUUGGUGUACUCACACUUGUCGAGGUGGAUGUAGAUACACUUGUGGACACUGAUGUUGAAGUACUUGUGCUGGCACUUGAGUAUGUCGAGAAAACUGUUGUAGUUGGUGUACUUACACUUGCCGAUGUUGACGUAGAAGUGCUUGUGCUAACAGAAGUCGAAACACUAGUUGAUGUUGAGGCAGAGGUUGAGGUUGACCUACUUCUUGACGUUGAGGUAGACACACUAGUUGACGCUGAUGUUGAAGUACUUGUGCUAGCACUUGACAAUGUAGUGGAAACUGAUGUUGUUGGUGUACUAAUACUAGUUGAGGUGGAUGUAGAUACAGUAGUCGACACUGAUGUUGAAGUACUUGUGCUGGCACUUGACAAUGUAGUGGAAACGGACGUUGUUGGUGUACUCACACUAGUUGUGGUGGAUGUAGACAUACUAGUCGUCAGUGAUGUUGAGGUACUUGUACUUGCACUUGAUACUGUAGUGGAAACCGACGUUGUUGGUGUACUCACACUAGUCGAAGUUGAUGUAGAUACACUGGUGGAUACUGAUGUUGAAGUACUUGUACUGGCACUUGAGUAUGUCGAG